AUGGCGUCGUCGUACGAGUUUCUCAUGAUUAUUUUCACCCUUGUAUUCAUCUCAACGCUUCAAGCAGCAGCCAUAGCCGCCACUUCUUCAAGCCAAACCUACAAAACAUAUAUUGAAAAAGCUUGCAACUCAACCACGUAUCCAGAAUUAUGCAACUCCUCCCUCUCCCCCUACGCCUCCAAAAUCAAAGGAAACCCCCAGAAACUCUGCAAAGCCGCCCUCUCCAUCGCCAUAAAAGCCACACACAAUGCAUCCUCCACAAUCUCAAAGCUUUUGAAGCAGAAGGGGUUGACGAGUUUUGAAACUUCAAUCCUUGAGGACUGCGUCACGAACACCAAAGACUCCAUUGAUGAGCUCAAGCAAUCACUGAAUGCCACGCGCCAUUUGAAUGGCUCCGAUAAGGAAUCGCAGGUGGAGAAUAUGAAGACGUGGGUGAGCGCCGCCUUGACGGACGACGAUACGUGCACGGAUGGGUUUGACGAUGGCCAAGGUCAGGUAAGCGAGACAUUGAAGAACAGGAUCAACGAUAUUAUAUUGAAGAUUGCUAGGUUGACUAGCAAUGCUUUGUCUCUCAUCAACACACUCAAGUUCUAA